ACACAGUGCGUUGCUUUCGGCGUUAAAACUAAUUUUGAGCAAAAUCAGAUUAUGCUUUGACCAAACGUAAAGAAAAACAAACUACCACUAAUUUAUUAAAAUUACCGAAACUUACUUUUGAAUGAAGUGAUUUUGAUUGUAUAGAAUGGUUUAACAAAACUGGUUAAGAACAGAUGAUAGAAUAAAUUUUAUGUAUAGAAGCUAUAAUACAAAAAAUUACUACCAUAAGCAAAAACUUGAAAGUGUUAUCAAAAUUUGAGAUCUUGGCCAUAAUUGCUCUGUUACCGCGUAACAACAGCAACGUGAACAGUAAUUUGAUCACGACCCACUUUAUUAUGAAAUAAUCGUAUCGCAUUUUUGUGAUCAAUCAUAUCUUCUAUUAUAUCAACAGAUCAUUGACAAAAAUUAAUACCAUACUCGUUUAUCAACAAAUCUGUGAACAAUUGCAAACUAUUUAAAUAACAAUCAACAUAUUGAUACAUUCUCCUUCUGUUUUCUUCUCAAAAUUUCCUAUUGCCUACCUUAAAGCAUCAAAACAAAUUUGCGUUAAUUGCUCAAAAUCCAGCAAGAAGACACUAGAAGGAAAAAGGAUGGGGUCAGGGCCCAGCAUUGAAGGGGGCUAUGUACACUCUUCCGACCAGCAGCUAUGGUGCAGCAAAUGCACUCAGAGAUUCUAUGACCCUCGACGUCUGCCAGGGUGUGGUCAUUUAGUCUGUGGCCCCGCCUCUCCUAACAAUUGUGCCAACCAAGUACUCUCCGAUCAAAACCGACGUUGCCCAGUGUUUUCGUGUAUGAUGGCUAUUCUGGCGACAAUAUUUGUGGAAGACCUUGCAACUCCGGAUCUACAAGGAACCGAAGAGUUUCUCUCAGCAGAGUACAAAGAGGUCAUGAAACAACAAGGACUGACAAAAACCAAACCAUCUACAUCAAAAACUACAGUCGUUUCAUCAUCCACUACAGGGGCAAUUCCAAAUAUCAGACACCUGAAGACAGCUGGAAACGACCGGGUCGGAGUUGUGACGAAUCUAGUUGACAAUGAGCGCCGAAAAAUUCUGAUUGUCGGAAAAACCGGCACGGGUAAAAGUAGUCUUUGCAACAUCUUGGCUGGUCUAGAUUUCAACAAUCCGAUGUUUGCCAUCUCCGCCGAUGCCCAAAGUUGCACUGAGCAGACCAAUUUGGCGAAUGUGUACUUUAACGGGGAUGUCAUUCGACCGAUCAGUAUAAUAGAUACGAUCGGUUUUGAUGAUCGCGAUAGGGAUACGGACACCGAUAUUAUAAGAGACUUGGAAACUUCACUUAAGACCAGAUGCGACUAUGUAAACUUAUUUGCUAUCGCGGUGAAUGGACAAAAUCCCCGUCUAGACGGAUCGCUCGUCGGAAUGAUUGGAAUAUUCCAAGAGAUGUUCGGCGAGGCGUUCUGGCCUCAGACGGUGGUCAUUUUUACUCGGCUCUCAAUGAAGGAGUCUGCCAAAGCAGAUCGAGAAAGAAUAGCAGGGAAAACUGACCAAAAACUAGCACAGGAGUAUCUGCUUGCUGUACGGAAAAAGUUUCCCAGCUGUCGUGCGCUGAAGUAUCUCUUUAUAGACUCGUGUAGGGAUAGAAGCGACACAACUUCCGAACAGACAUUCCAGUCUUCGAUGGAACAACUAUGGUCUAUGCUUCAAGGGGCGCCGGAGCUGUCGACUGACCGAGUGAAAAAAGCACAAUCGGAAAAAGCCAAAUUAUUGGAACAGCUAGAAAAGAGUGAACAAGAUUUUCAACAAAUGAAAGCUGACUUUGAGAACUUCAAGUUGGAUCAAGGAACAGCAAUUGGAGAAAUGGAAAGAAGGCAUACUGCUGAGAUAGAAAAGUUGCGCGCUGAAAAAUAUGUUUUGGAACAAACCUUCGGAAAAAACAUAGGCGAUCUUAAAUUCAAACUCAAUUUACAGAUUCAACAAAAUCAGCAAAAACAAGAGAGCUUAAGAAAUGAACACGCCACAGAGUCUUCAGCAAAACAAGCAAAUUUAGAACAACAGCUGAACGAAUUAAAAGAGCAACAGGAAAAAAUGUUGAAACAACAAAGCAGCUCCAAAGAUUUGAAGAAAAAAAUUGAGCAACUGGAAAAAGAGCAGCAACAAGCUAAACAUAAAAAUGAGACUGUUGCACAAAGUCAAAAUAGACAAUUGUCUGAUCAACUACAUAAAUUAGAACUAGAAAAAAAUAGAUUGGAAAUUGAACUGAAACAGAAAGAAAAAGAAUUUGAAAGAAAACUCACGAAACAAAUGUUGGCAAAAGAAGAAACCCUGAGAACAAAGCACUUAACAGAGUUGCAUGAAAUGAAGGAAGCUGCCAGCCAAGCAAAAAUUUUAAGGCCUGCAAUUGAAAACAGCGAAUGGAAGGCCAAAUCAUACUCAAAACUGAUUGAAAGUGGUGAAAAAGUCUUGGAUACUUUUAGUACUUUUGAUAAGGUGAUUGGAUUUUUGAAACGAUCCUACCCAGAACACACUUGGUGCAUCCUUUUGGGAGGAAAGAACUGCAAUUACUGUCUGAAAGGGAGAGCGGAGUUUGGGGAGUUGGCUACAUGGACAAACGACUCUCAGUGUAAUUACGACAUGUGGGUGUAUGGAGCAGAAACGUCCGUUUUGAGAGAAAGUGGAGGAAAAAAUAGAGACGAAGAUGAAAAGACGGCUCAGAGGAUAGUACAAGAUGUGACUGAGAGUGAUAUGUGUAGUGAAACUAGCAACUACAGCGCAAAUAGAAUCACAAAAGUGUUAGAGUCUAUUUUGAACAGCGAGCAACUGCAGUGGCUGGCCAUUGAAGUUCGCGAUUGGAACUCUGGAAUCGGUUACUCCGAUUGGUCCGAUUUGACCAAUGUGAGCUGUGUCUAUGGAUAUGGCGACAAAUAUUGCAUUUGGGUAUCACUCUUAAAAUGACUGUCUCCCUCUUAUCCCUCACGCAUACAUACGCCCAUCUAGUCACACUCUCCAGCCUCCGCACUAUAACUGAACUAUAAUGUCUGUCCCAGAAAUGAAUCAAAUAGUAUUUUUUAAGUGUAAAAGAGCAAGAAAGUACUUUCACUUGUUUAAGUCUUGAUGUUUUUUCUAUGUUUUUUUUUGUCAGACAAAAAUCUUAAAAAGAUCUAAUAACUACAGAAGAUCAUCAUUCUCUUUAUAUCGUUUAUGAAUUCACUUAUUGUUCCGACUUUCGAUACGAAAGUAACGGAAUAUUUGUGCUCGGGGUGGGUUUUUUUUCUUCAGACAAAUUUCGACUUUUUAACUAGCCAUUUUUGACGGAUUUUUUUUUAUCACUCAAAAGGUAUUGUUAUACUGAGCUCAAAUUUGAAAGGAUAUUUCACCUGUGAUAAUUUGUUGUAAAGUUAUAGGGGUUUAAAGAUUGCCAUUUUGGCCAAUUUGAGACAAUUUACGCGCGAUAUAUUUCGCUCUAUUAACGCGUAAGCGGAGAAUUAAUCCGUCUUAAAAUUGUUCCAAAUUGGUUGAAAGAAGCUUAAAAGGCAGUCGAAACAUUCAGGGCUUCGCCCUGAUACGAGCAGUCUUGUUAGAUAUAUAUGCAAAGUUCAAAUUUAAUUUCAUCUGCGAGUUCAACUCAAUUUCAUCCUCUAACAAUAGGGUAAAUUGCGCUCUUCAAUGGGGAGCGUUCUCUUGCUUGAGGGACAAAAUGCCUGAAAAAUUUCAACCAAUCAAAAUCGCUAAGAAUUCUCAUUUGGCUAAAUGCCUUUCCAGCAAAAUCGAAGUCAAUAUUAACAGAAAAUGUUUUACAAUUCGUGCAGAUCUAAUAACUUUUUUUUGUUUAUCCAUUUUUCGUAAAUUGUUAUCUUUGAAAUAUUAAAUUUCUUCCAA